AUGAUUCAAGAAAUUAAUCUAUGCUAAGAACUUAAGAAUGAUUAAAAAGUUUCUAUAAUAAUUGAUAAGAAAGAUUUAGACUUGACAUUAAAAUUCAUUGAAAAAUUGAAUUAAAUAAGAGCUUAAUCAUCUAAUUUAGGGGAUUUGAAACGAAGAAUAGUACCUUUUUUUAUGAAUUAAUUUUAUCAUUGGGCUGUUGAGAGAAAACUAUAAUAAGUUGUCAAUUAUAUGAAACACCUCAAAACAAGUAAAGAAUCUUAAUAGAAGAAAUUUGAAUUAGGAGAUCUUAAAAAGCUUUUCACUAAUCAAUAGUUAGUAAUUCCUGGUUAAUAAUUAAUUAGAAAUUAAGUAAGAUAAGCUUGGUAAGAAUUUUUGGAAGACUAUGCAGCAUUAUCUGUAAUGAAAAAUCAAAAGAUUAAAUGCCCUUAAAUUAAAUAAAAUUAUAUAAACUACAUUCCUUUAUUAAUCGAAGAAUUGGAUUAGAUAUAUCCUUAUAAUAAAUUAUUGUCAAAAUACAAAUUGCCCUCAGAUCAUCAUCAUAUUAGCGUUAUUAACCCAUAUGAGAUGAUCUAAUGUUCAACUGAUGAGAAUUAAUGA